ACAAGUUUGCCACUUCAGAGUCACUCAAUUCUUCAUCCAAGCUAUCAUCGCUCCAAGUUGUCACUAGAGCUUUCUUAUUCCUCUUUUCUUUUCCUUUGAAUCUCUUUCCACCAUUUAAGGGGCAAUCAUGCUUGAUAUGUCCAAGUUUUUUACAUCGGUAACAAGUGAUCUUGUCUUUUUAACCCUUGUUGAAACCAUCUUGUGGUUUAAAGCAACUUUUCUGAGGAAAUUGAGGAAAGAAAAAAGGAAUAUUAAUACAAGAAUACUGAACUCCAUAUUUCAACAAUGGGGAGUUUUAGCAAACACUGAAUGGAACAUAAGCGGUGAGCUUUGCAGCGGAGUCGCCUUAAACGCCACUGUCUUCGACAUCGACACUUACAACCCCAUCAUCAUAUGCGAAUGCGACAACUCCACUUGCCACAUCACUCAACUAUGCCGUUUUAACAGGAAAGUUUAUGGCUUGAGCGUUGUAGGUGUGAUUCCAGAUGAACUCUGGAAUUUAACUCACCUCACCAAGCUGGAUUUGCGUCAAAAUCAUUUGACUGGUCCCCUAUCUGCAUCUAUUGGCAAUCUAACUCAAAUGCAAUAUCUGGGAGUUGGCGUUAAUGCUUUAUCUGGCAAGGUUCCGAAGGAACUUGGAUUGCUUACUAAUUUAAGAUCGUUGUCAAUUAGUGCAAAUAACUUCUCUGGUCCUUUGCCACCUGAGCUUGGGAAUUGUUUGAGAUUGGAAAAACUUUACAUCGGUAGCUCUGGAGUUAGUGGUGACAUUCCUUCGACAUUUGCUAGGCUACAAAAUCUAACUACACUAUGGGCAUAUGACAUUCAACUCACAGGCAGGAUACCUGACUUUAUUGGGAAUUGGUCAAAACUUACUAUUUUGAGGUUUCAAGGAAAUUCUUUCGAUGGUCCAAUACCUCCAACCUUUGCUAAUCUAACUUCAAUGGAAGAAUUGAGGAUUAAUGGUUUGUCUAAUGGAAGUUCUACGCUAGAAUUUAUUAAGAAUAUGAAGUCCUUAAGCAUCUUAGAAUUAAGGAACAGUAACAUUUUUGACACAAUUCCAUUAAAUAUUGGAGAACACCAGAGUUUGAAACAGCUGUAAGUAAUUGUCAUUUGAUGGUUUCCAAGUUAAAUAUAAUUUAGGCCAGUGAUGAACCUAGUUGAUGUGGUUUUUCUUUGAGUCAAUUGAACUUUGAAUUGGGUUGUAGACUAUUUGAUUCAUCAUUUCUAACUUGAUAGCAAAACACCUUGUAGAAGACCAUUUAUAAUGUUUAUAAAAUGAAAUAUUUAAC